AUGCUGAAAACUAAUCAAAGUUUUGCGGAUGAUGGAACACUUAUCUCCAUAUUUAAUUUGAUCCAAUUACUACUUUCAGCAACACUGGGAAUCGGCGAUCUUGACUAUUACAACUACCUUAAUCAUAGCGGCGUCUACAAAGCUGCAGAUACAGACGAUGCCAAGGAAUUCCAAAAUACACUUCAUGCAAUGAGCGUAGUGGGAAUCAGUGAUGAAACUCAACUGGAAAUUUUAAAACUGGUAUCAGCCAUACUUCACAUUGGCAACAUUACAUUCAUGGAGGAGAACAAUUAUGCUGCUGUUGAUAAUCCCGACAUGCUACAGUAUCCUGCGUUCCUGCUUGGGCUUCCAGCAGAGGCUAUUCAAAAAAAGCUCACGGCUCUUUCCUCUGUGAACAAAGCCAUAGAACUUUCCGAAGCUAUAGAGUCUUGCCUAUCUAUUGGAAUUCUUGACAUCUAUGGUUUCGAAAUAUUCCAGCAAAAUGGAUUUGAACAAUUUUGCAUCAACUUCGUGAAUGAAAAACUACAACAAAUAUUUAUUGAAUUGACGUUAAAAGCGGAACAAGAGGAGUACAUACGAGAACAGAUUCAAUGGCAAGAAAUUGAAUACUUCAACAAUAAAAUUGUCUGCGAUUUGAUUGAAGCGAAACGUCCACCUGGAAUAAUGUGCGUUCUGGACGAUGUAUGUGCGCAGAAUCAUGGGCAAUCUGAAGGAGUGGAUGCGCAGUUGCUUAGCCAUUUGAACAAAACCUUCGCCCAGCAUCCACACUAUCAACCAGGCGCUGAGGGAUUUUUAGUCAAACAUUAUGCCGGCGAUGUUGCCUACAAUGUGGACGGCUUUUGUGAUCGCAACCGUGACGUACUCUAUCCGGACCUUAUUUUGCUUAUGCAAGGAAGCUCCAACGCUUUUCUACGAUCGCUGUUUCCGGAGACCGUACAAACGGGCGCAGGAAAGCGGCCUACAACAGCGUCAACCAAGAUUCGGAAUCAAGCCAAUGAACUUGUCGAAUCUCUAAUGAAAUGUACACCUCAUUAUGUACGAUGUAUAAAGCCAAAUGAAACGAAAAAAGCUGGAGAUUGGGACGAUCAAAGGGUUCGCCAUCAAGUAGGAUAUCUCGGGUUACGUGAGAAUAUCCGGGUAAGACGUGCUGGAUUCGCGUACCGACGACCUUUCGAAAAAUUCGUGUGGAGAUAUGCAAUUCUUACACCAGAAACAUGGCCUCGCUUCCAAGGAGAUCCAAAACAAGGCUGUCACAUCAUCUGUGCAAGCGUACAUCUGGAUCAAGAUCAGUAUCAAAUGGGUAAAAGCAAGAUUUUCAUCAAAAAUCCAGAGUCGUUAUUCUUGCUAGAAGAGGCUCGUGAGAGGAAAUACGACGGUUUCGCUCGAAAAAUUCAGAAAGCGUGGCGACAACACUUGGCCAGGAAACGACGGGCUACGCAGAAGGAACAAGCCUGCGACUUAUUCUUUGGAAAGAAGGAACGACGUCGGUUCUCUUUGAACAGAAACUUCGUGGGCGAUUAUAUCGGCUUGGAAAAUCAUCCUGCUUUACAAAGCCUCGCUGGUAAACGAGAACGGGUAGACUUCGCAAAUACUGUUACCAAAUAUGAUCGUCGAUUUAAGCCCUCGAAACUUGACGUGCUUCUGACAGAUAAAAAUCUUACUAUGAUCGGAAGGCAAAAAUCGAAGGAAAAGGCAACUAAAGGUCAACUGGUGGAGGUAGUUAAGAGACAAAUCGACCUUGCCCACAUCUUGUCCAUUGGCCUUUCUCCCUAUCAGGACGACUUUGUCAUCAUACAUGUCCGGGAAAGCUAUACCUCUUUGAUAGAAACACCAUUCAAGACUGAACUAAUCACAGCACUGAAGUGGGUGAAUUUGAUUUGAUU